AUGGAUAUGGUGGCGGCGGGAACACCUGAUCCGGCUAGAGGGUCGGAUCAGCUUGAUGUUCAAGUGCUGAACCUUCUAACGGAACAGUUGCAAGAUGACCUGGAUCUUGAACGGACUCGGCGUUAUGGGCUUCAAGACCUUGUAAGGGACAAUUAUAAUUACCUUACGCACGAUCGUUCGGACGAUCGUGCCGCUUUUGCGUUCGCGCAACUUGAGAACGAACGUUCGACUCGUUCUCUUCGUAUUGAGCUGGCUGUAGCUCGUCAGGGCAUUGAUCAACUGCGUGAGCAGGUCGCUUCGCUAGUCUACCAGACUGGCUCGUUGAAACGGGACCACUCGAAGGUGGUCAAAGUCAAAGACGGCGGAGACACAUCGGAACAAGCAAGCGAUCAAAGCAAAAAAUGGUACUGA